AUGGCAGACACUCAGGGCCCUCUGGACAUGAUCCCAGAGGAUAAUUAUCCCCCACUUAUAACACAAGCAAACUAUUUAGCAUCUAAGCAGAUGAUCAACCAGGUCCUCAGCGAAGAUCAAGAAUAUGUGGCAUGGAAGUUGAAAGAUUUGAGAACUGGAGGAACAAUGAACUCUUAUCUCAAUGAUUUCCUCCAGAGUACACAAAAUUCAAAUGAAGAAGAAUAUGGCGACGGUGGUCAAUUAGAGCAAGAGCCGUGGAGAAAUAUAGGUGAAUUCGAUGGGGCCGAGCUUGAAGCAGAACAGCACCCUAAAAACUCCAAAAAGAUAUCAAGUAAAAAAGUGGCCAAACCGCAGCGUAUUAAUUCAGUUCCCAAGAAUCUGAGAUUUGCAAGAGAAAUUUACGAUGAGCAAAUUGCCAGUUUACCCCAUUCUCGAGACCUCGAUCAAUCAGAACAACUAAAUUUGUUGCUGACCAAUCUAGAUGAAGAGCAAAUGAACAGAUUUGAAGUGUUUAGAAGAACAUCCUUGGCUAAAAACAACGUCAAAAAAAUUUCUAGUAUGGUUACAAACCAAACAGUUGCUGCUAAUAUCAUUCUACUACUGGCAGGUGUUGGAAAAAUAUUUGUGGGAGAAAUAGUGGAGAAAGCCCUUCUUAUCAAAAAGAAAUCGUUAGUUGCACUUAUGGUAAGGAGGUUCGAGGAAAAACAGCUUGGUGCCUAUCGGCUGAAGAAGUGUCUGAAAAAGCUUACCAUGAUGGUUGAAAGUGCAGAAGAUGCAUAUGAUGACAGUGUAGAUGAAGAGGCAAGUGACAUAUGUGAAGAUGAAGAAGAUGAAGAAAAGGUUAAUGAAUGUAUAAAAAAUACACAAUUGUUAAGGUCAACUACAAACUCGGAGGAAAUUAGAAAAGGGAUCAUUCGACAGUAUAACAGUUUGGUCAAAAAAUUCAAUUCACUGGAUGUAAGCAUAGAGAAAUACUCAGGCGGGCCCUUGCUGCCAGAACAUAUCCGUGAAGCUUGGAGGCUUUAUAGAUUGGAAAAUGACACAGUGCCUCAAGCCACCUGGCGCACCCAAGGGGAUGGAAAUGGCUGGAUGUUCAGGUAG